AUGAAAAAAAAUGCAGAUGAAACACCACCGGUUAAAUAUGUAUCAAAGAAGCGGGACUUGAAGAACAAAGGCAAGUUAAAGGCAAAACAAACUGAUAAGAUUACACUUGCAAAACCAGGGAAAGAAAAAAUAUUAGGUGCUGAAGAUUUAAAAACUAAAGAAGAAGGAAAAGAAAAUAAAGGAAAAGGUAAAGGCAAAAAAACAAAGAAUGGAAAGGAAAAUUAUCAUUUAAAUGGAGAUUGUGAUAAUCAAGAAAAUUAUAAAGCUGCUAAAGUUCAAGAAAGCUGUAGAGAGAAAAAUAAGACUGAAAAUAAAAAUGAAUGUGUUAACAAGACUGACGAUGACGAAGAAGCACCUAAAGAGAAAAAAAAGAAACUGAAACAAUAUAAGACUGACAAACUUCCUGAAAAUACUGAUGAGAACCAAAUAGAACAAAACAAGGCCGAUGAUGACGAAGAAGCACCUAAAGAGAAAACAAUGAAAUUGAAAGAAUAUAAGACUAACAAACUCCCUAAAAAUACUGAUGAGAAUCUUAUGGAACAAAACAAGACUGAUGAUGACGAAGAAGGAAAUAAAGAAAAAAAAAUUAAACUGAAACAAUAUAAGACUGACUCUGAAAAUACUGAUGAUAACCAAAUAGAACAAAACAAGACUGAUGAUGACGAAAAAUAUAGCAUAAAUGAUACAGUACUUGUAAGAUACUUUAAUAGAAAGAAAUGGACUUACUACAUUGGAUUCAUUGAGAAUAUGAAACAGAAAGACGACGAAACCUACUAUACUAUCAACUUUUUAAGAACAGUUAAGAAGCCAAGUCUUAAAUUUGUACAAACGAAGAAACGAGAUUAUGAUGAAAUUACAGAAUUACAAAUUGUAAAAAAAGUAAUAUUAGAGAAAAGCUAUGACAAUGAUAAAGAAUUCAUGUUGUUCAAUGAUGACAGCCAAAUGUUUAUAGACUAA